CCUUCUCGACUAGCUAUAGCUGAAGAAUCAAAUUCCAACACAAAAACGAGAACACAAGACAUAAGGGAGUUGUACUAAAGACGACAACAAUGGAAUCAACUCAUGUAAUAUCCAUUACAAAUGGAGAAGAGAAUGUUGCUCCAACGAAGAAUGCUAAAACAUUCCAAUUUUCACUUUCACUUCCACCCGUUUUUUCCCGUCUUAGAGAAAACAAAUUAAUCCAGUUCUCUCUUUUCCCCAUCACUUCCUAUCUGAGGCAAAAGAAAGACACUAAAAAAAUUAUCCACAGCAUCAAAGUUGGAAUCUCCCUUGUAUUGAUUUCACUCCUGUACUUCGUGGAUCCUCUCUAUGAGCAAGUUGGAGAUAAUGCUAUAUGGGCUAUCAUGACUGUUGUUGUCACUUUUGAAUUUUCUGCGGGAGCUACGCUAGGAAAAGGUUUAAAUCGCGGAAUGGGAACCAUAUUAGGAGGUGGACUGGGUUGCAUAGCCGCAGUUUUGGCUCAAAACGUUGGCGGAGGAAUUGGCAACUCGAUUAUAAUUGGUACUUCUGUAUUUAUCUUUGGAACAAUUGCGACAUAUUGUCGCCUAUUCCCUAGUGUGAAGAAGAGAUACGAUUACGGAGUGAUGAUCUUUAUCCUCACUUUUAAUUUGGUUGUGGUGUCUGGUGUGCGCAUUCAAGAUCAGAAAGUUUGGAAAAUAGCAAGUGAACGUCUUUUAACAAUUGUCAUGGGUUUCGUUGUGUGCAUUUGUGUGAGCUUCUUGGUCUUCCCCUUGUGGGCCAGCGAUGAACUUCAUGAUUCCACUGUCUCUAGAUUCCAACACCUUGCCAAUGCAUUACAAGGCUGCUUGGAGGAAUAUGUCAAAUUUGCUACUGAAAAAGAAAAUAAGAAGGCUGGUGCUAGCUUCACUGUUUGCAAGUCGCUGUUGGACUCCAAAUCAAAGGAUGAGAUGCUGGCAAAUUUCGCAAAAUGGGAACCAUGGCAUGGAAAAUUUGGAUUUUUCUAUCCAUGGGAGAAGUACCUAAAGAUUGGAGAGGUUCUUCGAGAACUUGCUGCAAUUAUUCUUGCUCUGGGAGGUUGCCUCCAAGCCUCAACUACGCCCAUGGAAUUGGCAUCGGUUUGUCAAACAGUCCAAUUGGAAUCAUGUGAAGCAAUUGGGUCACGGAUUGUGUGGACUCUGCAAGAACUUGGAGACAGCAUGAAUCAAAUGAGGAAAGGUGAGGCAGAGCCUCAAAUAUCAGCAAAGUUGAAGGCAGCGAGAGCAGAGUUAAGCUUGGUGAUUGCCACGUCCAAGAUAGCAGCAAUUGAGAAUAUUGAUGCACUGGCAGUAGCAAGCUUCGUGUUCUUGCUCAAGAAAGUGGUGGAUAAAGUAGAAGAACUGGCCAAAGAAGUGGAGCAAGUUGGAGACAUUGCCGGUUUUCGUGCUCAUUCAAGUACUAUUGUCUCUUCUUAGACGCCAAUCUCUUGAGGGUUCAGCAGUUUGAUCUGUCAUCCAUUCAUUGAACCAAUGAUUUGUUAUUCAAAUAUGUGUUUGAUAUUUGUGUAUAUAUUAAUAAUAUACUCCAAAAGUUCGGUCGCCAAAUCAAUUAGUGGCCGAAUUAAAAAUGGUUUCACGAUUUCAUCUGUUGCUAAACUGCUAAUCGCUAUUUGUAAGGCCGAUGUAUAUAACAUGAUUAUUUAUUUGAUGGUUAAA